GGGGGGGGGGAGAGGGAGCCUAAAGGGACCACUUGCUCAAGUCUCCUUCAGAUUCAGCUUCCAAGACGGGAAGGGUCUUCGGAGAGCCAGCGGAGACCAGUUGCCGGGCGGUGCCAGUGGCUGAGAGAUUCCUGGUGAGCGUGGCAGAGGAGAAGCAGGAAUAGAAUGAAAGGGACCUUGGAGGUCUUCUAGUCCGACCCCCUACUCAGGAAGUGCCCCAGAGGGAUCCCCAAGGAGAAAAGUCAACAUCAGGAAACCUCACUAGUGAACGAAAUGGAGUUGCCAUUAACUGAAUCAUCUCCGUCUAUUAGUGGAGCUGAAAGAGCAGCAGGAUUCUCAACUCAGGAUUCUUCUUUGUUCAGGGUCCUGUGUCCUUUGAGGAGGUGGUCGUCCAUUUCAGUGGCGAAGAGUGGUCGCUGCUGGAUCCCAGUGAGAAAGCCCUGCAUCGAGAAGUCAUGUUGGAAAUGUCUGGGAUGGUGGCCUCUUUAGCAUUAGAUGCGCAGAAGGAAAAUAACCAAGAGCCAAAUUUAAUGCCGUUGCAAAUCAUCCAAACUGAAAUACCUGAAGAGACACCUACAAAUCAACGGGAGAGGAGGAAACAUGAAAAGAAGAGAGAAAAAUCUAUUCUUGAAUGUGUGGAAAUCGAUUGCUUGCUGACCAAAGGUGACUCCAAAGAAAAUACGGGGAAAUAUCAAAGUAGAAAAAGAUUCAACGCAAACCCCAAUUUUAGUAACCACUACAAAACUGGAAAGACCUUCAGCAGUAAUAAACUUACUCCCCAUAAAAAGACCCAGGCAACGGAGAAGCCCUACAGAGGUGUGGACUGGGGAAAAAGCUUUGGAUGGAGAGGUAAUCUAACUUCCCAUAAAAGAAUACAGUCAGGGGGAAAGCCCUAUAAGUGCACGAUCUGUGGGAAAAGAUUCCAUUCAAACAGUUCCUUUACUUCUCAUAAAGAAAUCCACACCAGAGAAAAACCCUAUGAAUGCCUAGAGUGUGCAAAGAGGUUCAGGAACAAGGAGUGUCUCAAAUCCCACAAAAGGAUGCAUACAGGCAGAAAACCUUAUAAAUGUGUGGACUGUGGUAAAAGGUUCAAUGUGAAGAGUUCCUUUACUUCCCAUAGAAGGAUCCAUACUGGAGAAAAACCAUUUAAAUGCCUACAGUGUGCGAAGAGCUUCAGUACUAGUAGUUACCUGAUAUGCCAUAGAAGGAUCCAUUCAGGGGAAAAACCCUAUAAAUGUGUAGACUGUGGAAAAACCUUCAGGACGAAUACUGCUUUUACUACACAUAAAUUGAUCCAUACGGGAGAGAAACCCUUUAAAUGCAUGGAGUGUGGGAAGAGCUUUAUCCAAAGUGGUGUCCUUGCUUCCCAUACAAGGAUCCAUACAGGAGAGAAACCCUAUAAAUGCCUUGUGUGUGAAAAGAGCUUCCGUGAAAAGAGUUCUCUUACUUGUCAUAAACGGGUCCACACAGGAGAAAAACCCUAUAAAUGCCUGGAAUGUGGGAAGAGCUUCAGUAUAAAGAGUUCUCUUACUUCUCAUUUACGGGUCCACACAGGAGAAAAACCCUUUAAAUGCAUCGAGUGUGGAAAGAGUUACAAAAACAGCAGUCACCUGAACCUCCAUAAACGGAUCCACACGGGAGAGAAACCCUAUAAAUGCAUGGAGUGUGGAAAGAGCUUCACUAUAAAGACUUCUCUUACUUAUCAUGAAAUGAUCCACACUGGAGAGAAACCUUACAAAUGCAUGAAGUGUAGAAAGAGGUUCAGGACCAGAAAUUGCCUGAAAUCCCACAAAAGGAUCCAUACAGGGGAAAAACCUUAUAAAUGUGUGGACUGUGAUAAAAGGUUCAGUGUGAAGAGUUCCUUUACUUCCCAUAGCAGGAUCCAUACGGGAGAAAAACCCUAUAAAUGCAUAGAGUGUGGAAAGAGCUUUAGCCAAAGCAGUGGUCUUGCUUCCCAUAAAAGUAUUCAUACGGGAGAGAAACCCUAUAAGUGUAUUGAGUGUGGAGAGAGCUACAGAACUAGUAAUCAACUGACCUCCCACAAAAGGAUCCAUUCAGGCCAAAAACCUUAUAAAUGCACGGAGUGUGGAAAACCCUUCAGGACAUGCAGUUCCCUUGCUUCCCAUAAACGGAUCCAUACAGGAGAGAAACCCUAUAAAUGCCUGGAAUGUGGGAAGAGCUUCAGUGUAAAGAGUUCUCUUACUUCUCAUUUACGGGUCCACACAGGAGAAAAACCCUUUAAAUGCAUAGAAUGUGGGAAGGGCUUCACGCAAAGCUGUGCCCUUGCUUCCCAUAAACGGAUCCACACAGGAGAAAAACCGUAUAAAUGCAUGGAGUGUGGAAAGAGCUUCAGAAACAGCAGUUACCUGACCUGCCAUAAAAGAAUCCACACAGGAGAGAAACCCUAUACAUGCCUGGAGUGUGGAAAGAGGUUCUCUAUAAAGAGUUCUCUUACUUCUCAUGAAAGGAUUCACACAGGAGAGAAACCCUAUAAAUGUCUAGAGUGUGGAAAGAGCUUCACCCAAAGCAGUCAACUUAGUUUCCAUAAUAGGAUCCACACAGGGGAAAAACCUUAUAAAUGCACAGACUGUGGAAAGACCUUUGCUGGCAGUGGUUAUCUGACUUACCAUAAAAGGACCCACACUGGUGAGAAACCCUAUAAAUGCCUGGAAUGUGGAAAGAGCUUCUGUGAUAACCGUGUCCUUAUUUCCCAUAACAGGAUCCACACGGGAGAGAAGUUGUAUGUAUGCAAUGAAUGUGGGAAGAGUUUGAGUUCAAGCAGCUCCCUUACUUACCACAUUAGUUCCCACACACGGAAGAAAUUGCAUCUGUGCACAGAGUGUGGGAAGAGCUUCAGAUUAAAAAGACACCUUACUUCCCAUAAGAGGAUCCACAAAGCAGGGAAAUAGAAAUGUAUGGAAUGUGGAAGGAGCUUUUGUGAUAGCUGCACCCUUACUUCCCAUAACAGAAUCCAUACAGGGGAAAAAUAGAAAUGUUUGCAAUGCGGAAGGAGUUUUGGUGAAAACAGGAUGCUUCUCAAGAAAGAAUCCAUAGAGGGCGGAAAAAUAGCCUGUGUAAAGCAAUCAAAUUAUUAUUUUUAUAUCAGGGAUACAUACAGGAUGAGAGAGAUCCCUUUAGAUCAGGGCUAGGCAAUCUUGCUCUUUUAUGACUCGGGGACUUCAACUCCCAGAAUUCCUGAGCCAGCCACACUGAGGGGAAAGGGAUUCUGGGAGUUGAAGUCCACGAGUCAUAAAAGAGCCAAGGUUGCCUACCCCUGCUUUAGAGCAAGGGAUCCUAAUCUGUGGGCUGUUUCCGACUGUUGGUCAUGGCCUAUUGGCCACAGGUCUACCUGAUGGCUGGCCAUUGUGUAUGUGUGUGUGAGUGUGCGCCCAUAACCCCACUCACGUGAGCAUUUUGAAAGUCGGCGUUUGUGGCCACACUCACACAAGCCUUGUCACAAGCUUCGCAGGUGUUUGCCGCACCAGUCGCACAAGUGUCACCACAAGCAUCGCAGGCAUUUGGUACCCCACUUUCAAGAAUGUCAUCUCGGGCACUCAAAACUGUACCCAGAAAAGCAGUGGGUGUUUUUGUGCAUGUACACCCAAUGUUCAUCCCCCCACAAAACCAUCCUUUUCCCCUCUGAACUCUGCUUUAGGGACUGAAGUGUCCUUAAUUUGCAUAAAAGGAUCCACUAUGACGUGAAACCAUCUAAAAAUAUGGAGUGUAAAAAGAAUAACAUUUGUGUAAAAAUGUGGAGAACACUCUUCCUUCUUUCAGAGAAUUGCCAUAGGAGCAGUGAAUAAAUGUAUUUGGAUUUUGGAAAGCUGCCAGGAUAGAUUUCUUAAUUUCAGAGGUAUUACCCAUUUGAUUAAUUUUCUCAAGAAAACCUGUUAAACAAUUGCCCCUCUCAUUACUCCAAAACCUCUACUUGGUCAAGCUGCUUUAUUUAGGCAGAAGCAAUCUGAAGUGAGUCUGAGAUCAACCUCCCGGCAUUGUAAAGAUGUAGUGCAGUGGUUCUCAACCUUUUUAAUGCCACGACCCCCAACCGGCCGUACAUCGAGGACUACCCAACCGGUCGUAAGUUGAGGACUACCCAACCGGUUGUAAGUCAAGGACUUUCCCUGCCCGGGAGCACCGCACAUGCGUGGUGCCGCCCCCUGCGCCGGCCGAGGCGUAGCUGGCAAGGAGCAGCGAUGGGGCAGGGCGAUCAUCGGCUGGGCCACCAGCUGGCCCAGCCAAAGGGAGGUAAGGCACCCGCCGGGCCCCAUGCGCGCCAGCAACCCUCCCUGCGCCUGCCGGCCUCCCACCCCUGGCCCUCUUUUACUUACAUUUUUAG